AUGGACGAGGGAGAUGGGGCCGCCAGCGGUGAUGAGCAGUCCCCCGAAGUCGAGGCACCAGUGGAUGUUGACGCGAUAGUGGAGGAGUGCAUAGCCAAGCUGCUGUCCGUCAAGUCUCAGCGGCCGGGGACGGAAGUGGCCCUCCCCGGGGAGGACAUCGCCAUCGUGGUGAAGCGAGCACGGGAGGUGUUCCUGGCGCAGCCUAUGCUUUUAGAGGUGCGAUGUCCGAUCAACAUCUGCGGAGACGUGCACGGGCAGUACCACGACCUGCUGAGGCUCUUCGAGAUGGGCGGCUUCCCUCCCAGCGCCAACUACGUCUUCCUGGGCGAUUACGUGGACCGCGCCAAGCAGAGCAUCGAGACGGUCAUGCUGCUGCUCUGCUACAAGCUCAAGUAUCCGGAGUCUUUUUUUCUUUUGAGGGGGAACCACGAGUGCGCUUCGCUCAACCGAAUCUACGGUGCGUAUGUAUGUAUGUGUCCAUCCUUCCGUCUGCCCGCCUACGGUUGUUUUUUAGCGCCUCUUUCGUGGGCUUUUCGCAGGCGUCCGCGCGAGCGAUUGAUUGGUUCACCGCUUGACGCACCGGCUCUCUACAGGUACCUAAAAGGAGUUGGAUCUCUGUACAGGUAUCUAGUGGACUUGGGAGAGAGUGAGGCAGGCAGGCUGAGAUGUUGA